AUGAUGCGUUUUCUCGGCUUUCUCGUCAUCGUCGGCUGCACGGCCUUUCGGGACACGGUGGACGUUCAGAGGAGCAGCGCCGGCGACAAGGCCUCGCAGAACUCAAGUGCCGUCGACCUCUACGAGGCCAAGACCGAGCGCUCCUCCAUGCUGGAGCGGCUGCAGUCGGGACGCAGUCGCGUCUAUGCGAUGGCAACAAGCCACUCCCCACACGUCCUUGCCGCGCUCUUCUUCGCUGUCUGGACGUGUGCAAUUAUGGGAAUGGUCUCGAUCCCCUGCUGCUGCCUCCUCCGCGGCCACCUGAAGUCCCGGGAGCUGCGGGAGAAGCUGGAGAGCUUGAAGCUCCAGCACCCCGAGCACUUGAACAGGCAGCCUCCUUCCGCCCUGUCGGAUGGCAUGCAGCGUCUGGCACAGGAAGAUUGUAUCAUCAUCAAGGAGCACGUCAACAUGCUCCAGGAGGCGACGGGGCAUUUGCUAAACUAUUCCAUCCAGACAGCUAACUGCUUCGACGUCUUCUCUGUUUCCAACAGGCAACAGGGGGAGCAGCUGCUUUCAUGCCGCGAGCAUCAGGAUCUCCAGGCCAUGAUCGGCAUGAACUUGGCCGGUGGCCUGCAGGCCAUGGGCCUCGAGGGCGCUGGGGCCUUUGCCGGCCGCGACAAG